AUGGCGCGCCUUCUUGCGCUGCACGUGGCUGACAUGCAAAUCAUCGGGCAGCAGGUCUCGCGUCAGCAUCUCGCCCCCGAGGUGCUGGUGAUGGACCCGACGUACCGCUGGCGGCGUGUGAAUUGGUUUGCCCUGGCACAACCCGACGUGGUGCCGCGGCUUUGGCGCUUCACGAACGACCCCGGCUCCGACGAGUCCGAGGCUCUGCUGGACCUGCUGGACGGGACCCGGAAGAUUGCGCAGGGCGGCGGCGGCCUCCAGCUCAGGCGAGAAGCCAACUGGCAGCACCUGGGCCUCGUGGAAGAAGUCUACACCAGGCCCUACACGCUCUGCGAAGAGGACGAGUACAGGGUCACGGCGGGGGACGAGCGUACGCGCAGGGAGCUGAUCCACUACCUCCAGAAGACGAAGCUCUACGAGGAGAGCCUGCUCCAGAUCCGCAAGGUGCGGGAGCAGUGGGCCAUCACCACCCGCGACCACGCCGACGACGCUACGACGGCCGCAGACCAGCAGGUGGCCGCCUCUGCCGCCUCUCCUGCUCGCCUGCGCAAGACCGUUUCGGCGGCGUCCCUCCACCUGUACUCGUCGUCGUCGUCGUCGGCCAACCCUCUGCUGGCCCCCGACCGAGCGCGCGAGGAGCAGGCGCCGCAACUGCCCAUCAUCUACCUUAAGCUCGAGGGGAUGGCCCUCCUGCAGCUCGCCCGCGAGGAAGAGUCGCGCGCCCUCCUGCAGCAGUACAUCGGCAUCCUCCUGCGCCGGGAGGAGACGGAGGGGCAGCUGUCGCUGGCCCACAGCCACGAGAUCGCCACCCUCGCCCUCUACGAAAAGGACCUGCCGCUCGCGCGCAAGUACGCCCUCAAGGCCAUCCACGCCGACAAGACCCACAUCCCCUCCUACAAGACGCUGGUGCGGGUCAUCCAGCAAACCGGGGAGAGCACGCACGCGGAGGAGGAACUGGCGUUCUCCUUCUUCGUGCAGCUGCUGCACGACAGCCGGCAGGCGGAGGACUACUACCGCUACAUGCAGGAGCACUGGCCCCGGGCCUACUUUGCGCUGGCCUACCAGGGCCUCUUCCUCUCCGAGGUCAAGGCCAAGCUCGCCGGCAAGCCCCAGGACCGCGACAUCUGCCUCCGCGAGGCCGAGCACGCCUUCCGCCAGGCCGCGCGCAUCCUCGCCGCCAAGGACAAGCUGGAUGCCAAGGACGGGUGGAUCCUGGGCAGCUUCGCCACGUUCCUCUUCCAGCACCGGUACGCGCCCGGCGAGCUCGGUCGUGAGGCCACCCUCGAGAUCGAGAACCUCUACUGGCGCGCUCUCAGCGCAGAUGCCGACAAUUUGGUGUGGCACGCCAACUUGAGCGGCUUCCUCCUCUCCUGUGGGCGGAGGCGCGAAGGCCUCGACAUGCUCGACGAGCAGGUCAUCCCUCGCCUUUCCGCCGAGGAGGACAAGGACUCGGCCUUGGGGCUGGAGGCCUGGUUCUACGUACUCUGCUAUGCUCCGGAGCGGCGGGGCGAGGCCAUCGACCACCUGCGCGGCUACCUCAACGCCGGCGCCCGUUCCCACGGCUGGGACCUCGCCCUGCACGUGGAGCACGCCAAACGCGAAGGCGACCACGAGGCUGUCAUCACGCAGGACGCGUCGGUGGCGAUGCUGGACAUGUGGCCCCUGUGGAACCCGUCCAUCGUGUGUGGUCCCUCGGCCGCGGCUAAUUCUCCACAGCAGCAGCGGGGGCGGGGCCUUCCCGACGAAGAUCUGCUGGCCACGUACAGUCCGUCCCCGCGCAAGCGCGACGGGCCGCAGUACGUCCGGCGAAAGCGGAAUCACGACGACACGGCGGCGACGUCGGCUUCACAAGACACCGAGCUCGGCGCUGCUGAUGGGCGGCAGCGCAGCCUCAAGCUCCGAUUCAGGCAGCCCAUGCACCGCGACGAGGACGAGGACGAGGAUGACGGGCACACUUCGGUCGUGGCCUUGGGUCCACGCCCGCACGCUGGCGGCAAAGCAAAAAGAGAGGAUGACGAAGAGGAGGAGGAGGAGGCCGAGCGGGAAGAAAGGAAAGGGCCCGAGGCAAAGGCCCACAGGCCACAGACCCAGUCAACAACCGAGGAGAGCGGACGCACCCGAGACAUCCUGUUCUGGAGUGACGAUGACGAUGACGAUGACGAGGACGAAGAGGGCAACGCGCGGGGUGGCGUCGGUGGCUCGAAACCGCUGUCCGCGUCCUACACCAGGAAGAGGCGGCGACCGCACGAAGGCGACAAUGCCGGCGGCGGCGGAAGUGCGGCAGCGGAGCAGCAACGGAAGGGGCUCGCGUUGAAGCGGGGAGCACCACCCUCACCAUCUGCCGCGCCCAAGAAGAGGACCCUUCAGGAAUCCGCGCAGCAGAAGAACACCAACAAGCGGGCGGCCACCAAGACCCGCACCAGUCGCGCACACGCGGAGGAGGAAGAGGAGGGCGACACGCCGCCAUCAUCAUCGUCGUCACCGGUGGCCACCUCCAAGUCCGCGUCCGGCGCGCAGGCAGCCCGCAAGCGCGCGCCAAAGGGUGCGGCCAAGGCGCCGUCCGGCGGCCAGCAGCAGAGAGAACGAAAGGGCAAGAAGGGUCGCGCCGUGGCGACCAGCAUCCUUGACUGUCCUUCACCAACGACCACGACCACCACCAGAGCCAAGUCUCGCCAUCGGGAGGCGCCGACCCAGAGCAAGGAACUGAGCCCCAACAAGGCGCGGCCUACGACGCUGGCUCGCUCGCGCAGCCGGACGCGGCUGGAGAAGGAGGAGGCCGAGGAGGAGCGCAAGACGCGGUGGAUCAACCCUUACGAGCGCAUGGCCGAGGAGAUCGACGAGGAGGCGGCGGCGGCGGCGGCGGGGCACGCAGGGUACGACGACGACGACCCGGAGGACGACCCGUUCGACUUCGACGGGCACCAGAAGCGGCGGGAGAAGGCCCUCCGCCAGGAGCAGGACGAGCUGCUGGCCUUCCUCGGCAAGAAGGCGCUGCCCACGCGCCGCCCUACCGUUGCCGCCCCACGCACCACCGCCGCCGCCGCCAUGAAGACGAAGACGAAGACGCUCGGUACCGCCUCCUCCCGCGGCGGCGGCGGCGGCGGCCGCGAUGUGUUUGACUUCGAUGAUUUCGGCGACGAACACGACGCGUGA